AUGCCGCUGAGGUUUCGCUCGGUCGUGCCCUACACGCUGCCCGGAGUCCUCGCCCUGAUCGGCUGGUGGUGGUACAUUUCCCGGAAGAAAGACCGACCUCUUGAACACUGCGAGCUCAAGAGGCUCCCAUCCGCCGCCAGCCUCCGCGCCUCCCCCACCGAGCGAAGCAACGGCCUGAUCGAAAAUGGCACCAACUCCCCCACAGCAGAGGACACCCGCUCGGACAGCCCCUCGCAGCUCACCGCAAAGAGACCGGAGCACUCACACGCGCAAGACAACGGAGACGCAACUACUAUUGGUGCCCAGGAAAUCAACAGCUUGAAGAAUGAGACGCGAGACAGCUUGCCAUCGUCAGAAUCGGACAUUUGCGAGUCAAAACAGGAGCUGGUUUUGUCCGCGCAGCUUACCAAAGUUCCCAGUUCGGAUCCCCAUAUUUCGGAGGAAGAGAGGCCUGAACCGGAAGGAGAGGUCGCAGCAGUAUGCACGGUUAACCCUUCGCAAAGAGUGGCACCGCAAAUCGAAGUAGAAGCGCCAAUAUUGUUGCAGGAGUUCCACCAAACUGUCCUCACGAGCACACAGUCUUUGCCGGUAUGUACGGAGGAGACGAAAGAAUACACAUGCGAGAAAGUGGAGGAGGAGAAUCCAAAGGAAACAAAGGCGGAUUUGGACCUGCUAGCUGCCGGGUUGAUUACGCAAGUCAUUUCAGCGGCAACGCAAGAAGUCCUGGGAGACGCAAUGUGCCCGGUUUUGGAAAGUACCAGAAUUUGUUUGCAAGAAAUGGACAAAACUGAGCUCGAGCUGGUUUCGCGGACGAGCGCAGAGUUCGAAGAGGAGGUUUUGAACGGAUGUGACGCCCGUGCGGACAUUGCGUCGCCAAGAGCCAAAAGCUCGGAGCCAAAAGUUGAGGAAAGUUUAGAGGAGGAGCUGGGCUGUAGUACCUGCCACUCGGAAGUCAGCAGCGAAGACCUGCACCCGACAGAUUCCAUCCAAGUCACGGAUUUGUCGGCACAAGAGGAAGAGACGACGACGCAGGUGGAGACUGUGGCGGUGGACGGCGUGGAGCAGACGGCGCUGAGCGAAGACGGUUCCGUGGAGGGAGUGUGCGACCUGAAGCGGCUGAACGGGAUGAACAACGGCGCUCAUGGCACAGACGUUGAGACCGACCAGUCCGGGGGAGAGGGCUCGGACGUCAACAGCAUGGACUCUGUGGACAGCGGCUGCAUCGGGGAAAGUAACCACAGCUUGUCCGGUGCCGAGGUCACGGUCUGGGAGAUCGAGGUGCCCAAGCACCUGGUCGGUCGGCUGAUCGGGAAACAGGGCAGAUACGUGAGUUUCCUGAAGCAGACGUCUGGAGCCAAAAUCUACAUCUCCACUUUACCGUACACACAGGAGUUCCAGAUCUGCCACAUCGAGGGGACGCAGCAGCAGGUCGACAAAGCUCUGGCUCUGAUCGGGAAGAAGUUUAAAGAUUUGGAUUUGACGAAUCUGUACAAUCCUCCAGCUCCGCCGCUGUCGCUGCCGUCUCUCCCCAUGACGUCCUGGGUGAGGCCUCACUAA